AUGAGUCAGAUGUUGACAUACAUACCUUUUUUCUCGAACAGCGACCAAGAUCCCGUGCAGGAAGACCUUGUUGAAAUAUCUUUGGGGAUCUUCGUUGUGUUUUCCAUUGGCUUCUUCUAUCUAAACUACAAAAUUGUGCAAUAUUUAGAAGACAACAGCCGGUGGAUCAAAAGAGAAUGGAAGUUAUUGGAUGCUCUGACAAAAGAUUUCCAGACCGCUAACAGGUCAGUCGAAGAAAUAAAGCAGAGAGCUAAUCAAGCGUGGGAGUCAGAGCUCAAUCUGAGAGGGGUGACUCAAACAUUGAGUGAAAUCGAGAAGAAGUGGUUGAUGAAAGAAGCAAAGGUGAUCUCGGAUGUGCAGCGCUAUGUUGAAGAUUAUGAGAAACUAAUAGCCACUAAUGGCGCUAGUACUAAUCGGAUCAAAUGGUACAUUUCACUAGUCUUCAAAAAGUCCAUACGAAUAGUUGAGCUCGCCCUUGGAAUACGUCGAACCAAGAAGGAAAUAAAAGGCCAGCUUCAGCAGAAAAAAAUAUAUACAAACUUCAUCGUUAAGGAACUAGAGGAGUCGAGGAUGAAAGUCCGAAGUUUGCAAGACAGGCCUAUUGAGGAGGCAGAGAGGAGUUCUGUUAUUCGUCCAAUGCCGCCUUUUCGCUCGGCAGUUGCUUUGGUCCUAGAACGCCUGGUGACUGUGGAACCAGACCUGGUUCGAGGGGUAGCAGACAAAGUUUUUUCCUUGGUAAUGCAACUGAAACUACUGCGAGCUUUCAUAAAAGAUAUUAGAGAGCUUAGACUUGACAGUGAACUUGAAAAGGUUUGGGUGGAGGAGGUGCAACUAGUCACUGCUCGAUCACAGAGAGACAUCAAUAUUUUCAUGCAAGACGCAGCAGAUCAGCCUAGGUGGCUUGCCGUCAUCACUGAUUAUCGACUCUUAAGGCGCAAGUUGGAAAACGUUAUUACUAAUGUUAGCAAAGAGGUCUCUCAUCUCCUUGAAACAAAACAAAGGUAUGGCUUUAGUUUUAUCAAGAGAGAAAGAGAUUCCUCCAGGGCUGUGAUUCGUGGCCAGGCCAAUGAUGAGGAGCUUGGUGAAGCCGUUAACGAUCUGUCCAUUGAAUUGGACAAUACCCGGAAACAGUUGGAAGAAGAAGAGGCAACUAACGUUGCCAUUAAUACGAGAAAAACCUGCCUUGAGUUUUUGAGAAAAAUGGAUUCCAAAGUAAAAUCUUCUGACGAGAACAAACGUAUUCAGGGAAUUGAGGAAAACUUUGUUCUUCUUAAGAGAUUUAUACAGGUGUUCACGAUUAAAGUGAUGGAAGAAUCAUGCUGCGCGGUCGGUUUGGAAGAAGACAUACUCAAACUUUUGGAAUUGAUCAGUGAUACUAAUCAACAUGGCUCGGUCAUUUCUAUUGUUGGUAUGAAAGGAGUUGGUAAGACAACUCUCGUUAAGGAACUCUUAAACAAUAAUGCUAUUAUCAACAAAUUUCAUGCUCGCCACUUUGUUUCUGUUCCGGAAGAGGCUGAUAAUCUUUUACUCCUCCGCAAUGUUGGAAAUCAGAUCCUUCGGACCCAAGAUGAAAGGAAUGAAGAAGAAUACUGGAUCAACAAUUUGAAGGGUUACUUGAAAUGUGAUGGAAAGCCCCAUCUUCUAGUUUUUGACAACUUUUGGUCCAAAGAAGCUUGGGAUAUACUCAAACCUGCAGUGGUUUCAGAUGGAAACACUAGACCUACUAUUUUGAUCACCACUCGUGACAAAGCCGUAGCUUCUCAUGUGAAUUCGAGAAGCAUCCACCAGCUUCGGCUAAGAACUAGAGAAGAGAGCUGGGAAUUUUUCACCCAAAUAGUCUGGUGUCCUAAUGAUGAAGAUGUUGAGCUUGCAAAAAAGGUGGUGUUAAAGGCUGGAGGCCUGCCCCUUGCCAUCUUACGCAUUGGAUAUUUAUUGUCAGGGAAGAUAGCCACAAAGGAGGAGUUGUCUGUGGUGCUGCAGCGUGUAACUCAAGGUCAGAAUCAAACGCCAUGGGUGGCCGUUAGGGACACCAUUAAAGAAGACUUGUCAUUUCAACCAGAUCUUGAAAAUUGUCUUUCCUACUUUGAAUUGUUCCCGAGGGACUUUGAAAUUUCUGCAAGGAGACUAGUUGCUUUAUGGGUGGCGCGAGGAUUGACACAAGGUGAUAACAUCAAUGGUGUGAGAACUCAGGAGAAGUUUGCCUACAAUUAUCUUUUGGAGUUGAUUGGCCGUAAUAUCAUUCAAAUAGUCGAAAAAAAGCUCAAUGGGAAAGUUUUGACAUGCCGAUUUCCUGGCAUUCUAAGAGAACUCUGGUUGGCAAGCAGAACAUACAACACUUCAGCUCACUCCUGGUCUUUAUGUGGAACUAUUGAACAAAAACUUGCGUAUCGAUUCGAUGAUGAAGACACCGGUUUCAGUCGGAGAAUUCAUCGUCUCGAUCACUCAAAUCUUUUGCCGGAGGAAAGUUGUCCCCUCUCAAUUAUGUUCUUUGAUACCCGCGAAGGAGAUCAGCCUGGUUUAGAUAUACGAAACUUUCUACGCAAAGCCAUUAAAACUGGGCGGUUACUUGACUUGGUGAUUCUUGAUCUUGAACAUGUUUACAAGCCUCAAUUGCCCGACAUCAUAAAAUAUCUAACGAAGCUGACAUAUCUAGGCCUAAGAUGGACUAAAAUAGAGAAUCUCCCUAAAACCAUAGGCGAAUUGUGGAAUCUGCAAACUCUGGAUUUAAAGCAUACUCUAGUGCAAAAGCUUCCUAGCUCCGUAUGGAAACUGAAGAAGCUUCAAAACCUGCAUUUGAACGGGAGCUGUCGAAUUAAAUCUAUGCCUCCACCGAACAAUCUGCACAAGCUAUCCGGCGUACUUGUGGAUCAUGAAGGCGGGGCUUUGAUGGAAGGGCUGCCCAAGUUGGAUAACCUUCAAAAGCUGAGGCUAACAAUCCAAUUGACACCAAGGCUGCAAGGGGAUUUGGCAAGGCACAUUCAACAACUGACCAACUUACGAUCACUGAGUCUGAAAUCCAUUAAUGAAAGCAGUGAACUCCAGGAGCUAUAUGUGCCACACUUGAAUAACCUUACGCAGCUCUCAAUCCUAAGAUUGGCAGGAAAGAUAAGAAAGCCAUCCGUCAUUUUUGAUCUACCACGAAGCCUCACUGAGCUCACCUUAUCAAGUUCGGAACUUUUAGCAGGCGGCCUAAUAAUGCAAAUGCUAGGAAAUUACCUUCCAGAACUCAAAUUUCUCUGUUUGCGUGCCCAUUCGUAUUACGAAACAGAAAUGAUUUGCUCCAAGGGAUUUCCCAAGCUUAUUGUUUUGAAGCUUUGGGAACUUCCUAAUCUGGAAAAACUGGUGGUGGAGGAAGGAGUGAUGCCAAGAAUAAGAAUAUUUGAAAUCAGGUCCUGCAUCAGGCUGACAGUACCUAAUACUGAGUUACCCAAGUUAAGAACUCUUUCAGAAUUGAAGCUAACUAACAUGCCUGAAGAAUACACAAUCGAGUUGAAAAGGAAGCUGGCGAAGCUAAAACGCAAACUGCCGAUUAAAUCCUCCUCGUUCGCUCGUGUAGCAAGGCCUUAUCCUCGUAAUGACAGACCUUGAACAAAUUAUUAAGCCUCAACUCUACUCUGCUCUACUCUACUAUGCUUGGUUAAUUGGCUAUCCAAUUGAGGCAGUAUUUUUCUUUGACAUGUUGCAAGGUUUUGUCUGUCCCAUUUUCUAUGCUUCUAUGUAGUUUAUCCGCAUUUUCUGGGUCUCAUAGCUUCUUUUCCUCCUGUUUUUGACCAUUUACAUGGAGCUCGAUUCGACUUUCAUAGCCAGCUAAAGUCAAUGGAAUAAUUUAUAUUUAAAAAACAAAAAUCAAAUGACUACUAAUGUAGAAUGGCCAUGA